AUGGCUCCGGGAAAAUGCGACAACGAUCGAGAUCAUGAUAGUGUCCCAACAACGAUUGAAGGCGACAUCCCUUCAAUUCGUUCAAUACAGCCUUCAUUCCACCCGCGCAUGCGGCCCGUGAUUCCUGUCUAUGAAGCUUUAAGCCCGCAUCAAGUCAAUCUACUCGCUAUUGGAGGAGCGAUCAAUACUGGCCUCAUGAUUUGUGCAGGCCGUGCGCUUUCACUCGCUGGGCCUGCUUCUAUACUUAUUUCGUACACAUUUGUUGGGUUCAUUGUCUAUCUGGUUCUGUGUGCUCUGGGUGAGGUCGCUUCUUGGUCCACAGAACCAUCAAUGGCCGAGAAUGCGUCUCGAUUCUGUGAUCCGGCGCUUGGGUUCACAUUAGGAUGGAUUUAUUGGCUGAAAUUCAUGGUUGUGAUCCCCAACCAAUUCGCAGCGGGAGAAUUGCUGAUAGCCUACUGGCAAGGUGAUGAGAAAGGAUAUUCGAUCUUUAGGAUCACGUUCUUUCUCGCGACAAUCAUCGUUGCGAACUCGAAAUGUAGCCAGUAUUUCGACAAAUACGAGCUUUGCCUCUCCUGCAUGAAGAUCAUUGUGAUGUUCGGCCUAGUCUGUCUCUGUGUCGUCCUGGCUUUCGGUGGCGGCCCUGAUCAUGAUAAGAAAGGCUUUCGUUACUGGAGCUAUCCAGGUGCGUUUGCGCAGCACUCGAACAAAGAAGCAACGGGCAUACUUCGCGCGGUCUUUCGAACAGUUCCUUCUGCUACAUUGGCCUAUCUCGGAAGUGAGCUCAUGGGCGUAACUAUAUUGCGCACGCAUAAUCCCAGGGAAGCUGCAGGGCAGGCCAUCGAGUCCAACUGCUACCGCAUCUUGGCCUUCAAUAUCGUCAAUGUGGCUCUAUUGGGGAUACUGGUUCCCUCUGGUACCCACGUCUUGGCCUUAGGUCAAUCCACGGACAAGCCCCGGCCGGCAUCAGCUUUUGUGACGAUCGCACAGUAUACUGGCUGGUCAAAGUUGCCACAUAUUUUGAACGCCUUUCUACUGGUCUGUGUUAUUUCUGCCGCCAGCCAAGCCCUCUAUUUGGCGACAAGAACACUAUAUGAGCUUUCUGUAGAUCGACAUGCUCCUUCUUUCCUCUGUCGAACCAAUGAUCGGGGAGUUCCAAUAUAUGCCUUGGGUGUGUGCGCCCUCAUAGGAUGCACGGCAUAUCUGAAUGCCUUUAGCCGCUCUCAGAAACUCUUCAACAACCAUGUCAACCUGGUUUCAAUGUUUAGCAUACUUACGUGGGCCUCCAUCCUGGUGGUUCAUAUCUCAUUCGUGCGAGUUCGAAAAGUACAGAAGAUUGCCGACGAGGAUCUGAUCUUCCGGGCUCCAUUUGGGGUGCUCGGCUCCUGGGUCGCCUUAGUGGCAUGUAUCUUUUUCUCCGUGAUUCGAGUAUUUGACCUUACAAGCCGUGAUGCUUACCCACGGGGGUUUGACUAUGUGGCUUUCAUCACAUCUUAUGUGGGAAUCCCACUAUAUGCUAUACUUGCCGUGGGAUACAAGCUUGCUACCAGGAGCCACUCGGUGCAACCUGAGAGUGUUGACAUGAGAUCCCUCAAGGCUGAGCAAAACGAGAUCAACGAGAAAUUCUCGCUGGAAAUCCCCAAUCCCCGCAUCUACUCCCCUGGCGGUGACAACAAAACACCGGCAUGGAGGUGCUAUGGCGGUCUCAAGCGGCUCUACUUCAAAGGCCCUUUGUAUCGAGUCCUCAAAGAUUUCCAAGAAUGGGUUUCGUCUCGACCACUCCAUCCAUCCCGCUCGCAUUCAGGUCAUGAAAGGGAAGAGCGAAUGGGAUACCUGUUGCGAUUGAUCGACGAUGAGCUCUACCUAAUGAUCAAAGGCUCCUUUCCGGCCAACCGUUUGAUGGAGCAACUUUCGGCGGAGCCUGAAGAUCUAACACCUAAGUCAUUGAAGAGAAGACUUUCGGCCGAUGAGGACGAGUUUCAUACUGCGCCGAGCUCUCCGGUCAAAGAACCUGCGAGAUCAGUUUCCCCAUUGGAGACAAACGGUCGUUCCCAUGUUGUCGGAUACUCUAAUCAAGGUGGCCAUCGGCAGUCAAUGAUCGCGACUUUCCCUACAAACCUCUUCCAGAGCCCUCGCCGCCCUGACUCGGGAAAGCCUUCCAAGUUCGUAGAGAGACUGACCGCACCUGACAAGUACCGGCGAUACGACGCUGUACCUGCUGCCCAGACCGGUCUGAACGUCAGCUUCGCAACAACUACUGCCUCAUCCUCUGACUUUUUCGCUUCGCACAAGGUCUCAUAUAACACGUCCUUUCUCUCAACUACCACUGAUGUCACCGAGCCCAUGCCGGAGGACGAGUCACUGUACGAAGACUCGGUGGUAGGGCAUAUGCUCAGUCAGGAGAUGAGAACGACGUUUGAGCAGCAAAGCCGGGUUUCAGGUUCAACAACUCAGGAGUCUCAGUACACCGACGACGGACAGAUCAUGGCAGAACUCAUUGAAAACGGACCUUUCAAUUACGAGCAGACUUUCUCAAAGUCGACUCUACUUCGCUAUCGAUAUGAGCUAGAAAGGAUAGGCAGAGCGUGGAAUGUACCUUUAAGCCGCAUGCUCGUUGGUGACACCAUCUCAUUCAGAACUCUGGACGACUGUUGGAAAUGGAUAGCGCGUCAUAACCAGCGAGACGGCAAGCCACUUCCAGAGAAGCCAACUCGCAAGGCGUGGGAAGCCGCUACGGGUGAUUUCAAAACAGAUAAGCAUUCCGAGGUGGUCGUCUUCACAGGGGACAUGGAGUGGUGCUCUGGGUCCGAACGCGGUAUUUUGAAGUUGAAAUUGAAUCCUCUGAAGACAGAACGAACCUGCCGCUUUCAUCGGCGCUUUGGAUCGGAUCGCUUUCUCAGCCUGACGAUGCCUGCCCCGGCGCGGCCGCCACCUCAUCUCCGAAUACCCGAAAAUCCUACUCUCUUGCGAGAAAGCUUAGCUCUCUGGUUAACGCAACGGGUGCAUCGGUGCCUCGGUAGGGAAUGGAGGCCGUUCUUUGUGGAGGAAGUGAAGUCAAAGUCUAAGAUUAAGUCGGAACCGAAAUUUCGAGUAGAUUUCUUUGCUGUCGACGGCAUUGAUUUUGACCACAGGGUGAGAGUACCUUCGUCCCUACCUCUCCCAAACCAGGACAGUACGAACCGCACGCCGAUGGAUUUAGAAGAACUUAUUGAAUGGCACAUGCCUUCAGAAGCCAAUCUCGGCCAGUCGAACUGCAAGCUCUUCCAGAGGUUAUCAUUGGGUCUUUCCAAAACUUAUGCAACGGUGGUGCUGCGACCAUCGCAGAUUCUGUCGCUGCCGGACCUCCCAGGCCGUCCGGUUAUGAAUGAUGGGUGCGCCCUGAUGUCAAGGAAGCUGGCCAGCCACAUCUGCGACAUGCUGGGGAUUGCAGGAAUAACCCCUAGUGCCUUUCAGGGUCGAUUUGCGGGAGCCAAAGGGUUGUGGAUGGUUGAUCGACAUCAAUCACAGUUAUCAGCUGAGUGUAAUGACGACAUGUGGAUUCAGAUUUCCGACUCGCAGCUAAAAAUCCAUCCGCAUCCCCAAACCUGGCAAGAGCCUGUUGACAACGAGCAGUUGACCUUCGAGGUUGUGAAAUGGUCCAAGCCGUUGCAUCCGGUCGAUUUGAAUAUUCAACUCUUGGCAAUCCUCGAGCAUGGCGGACACGUGAGGGAAUAUAUCGGCGACCUCACCCGGCAAGGCAUUCAAGCGGUGUAUAAGGAGUUUGUACAGGUACUUCAGUCCGAUAGUGCUAUUCUUUGUCGCAGUCUUAUCCAGAAAAUCCGGCCUUCAGCGGAUGACGGCUCCGGGCUGAUGUCACACAAAGUCAAACGCCUGGAGCAGUGGACAGCGAACGAUGCAGAGUCGAUAAUACGGCUCACUGAAGCAGGGUUUGGACCUCGAAGCUUCUAUCCGCUUCGCAAACGACUGGGGAAAUGUCUCAGAGACCUGCUCACUCGAUAUGUGGAUGAAUUACAUAUAGAGGUCCCUCUUUCGACUUAUGCCUUCUGCAUUGCAGAUCCCUAUGGGAUUCUCAAAGAAGACGAGGUACACUUUGGAUUCUCCACCAAUUGGCGCGAUGGCGAAGGUCAAUUUGAAGAUACUCUACUAAAUGGCGUGGAAGUUCUAGUUGGCCGACUUCCAGCCCACCUACCCUCAGAUAUUCAGCGCCGGAAGGCUGUGUGGAAGCCAGAACUUCGCCACUUCAAGGAUGUCAUUGUGUUUCCCAGUGUGGGUAAUGUACCGCUAGCGCAUAUGCUAUCAGGCGGCGACUACGAUGGUGACACGCCCUGGAUCUGCUGGGAUCAGAACAUCGUGCGCAAUUUCUAUAACUCGGACCUCCCAGAUGUCGAAUAUUCUCCAGAGCACUUUGGUCUUACGAAACAUUCCGUGCCCAUGAGGGAUAUUCAAUCUUUGGACGAGUUUCUUCAAAGCGCGUUUACGUUCAAUUUAACUCUAUCGAAUUUAGGGCGCUGCACUGUAGAGCAUGAAAAGAUCGCCUAUGACGAAUCGAUCAAUUCGCGCAACGCCACGGAGCUUGCUUGUCUCCUGGGUCAUCUGGUGGACGGCCGUAAGGGAGGUGUGCAUCUGUCUGAGCAAUCUUGGGUGCAAUAUCGGAGGAGGAUCAGUCCUCGAGUUCGUGCUCUGCCCGCCUACAAAAAUCCUGAACGGAGGUACAAGAGGACCAAUAUUAUUGACUUUCUUCGCUUCGAGGUGGCUCGCAAAGAGUGCGACAAGGUUCUGGCACAGUUGGAGAAGGCAUUCCCCGAGGAUGAAACUUUCAAGAACCGGGAUGAAGACCUGUUGGGAGUAUGGGCUCAUGUUAAAGAGCAAGCCGCACAGGACAUGGGACUAAAAACAGCACUGCAAGGUGUGGGUCAGAAGCUCAAGACAUUGUAUGGGCAGUGGAACGAGCACGUGCAGAGGAGCCAAGGGUCCUUUUCCGUCCGUGCUCUAGAAGCUGCUGACGAAGCCCAAGCCAUUGAGCCUCCGUCAGGAGAUCAUCCUUUGAUUCAGGUAUGGGAGCACUGUCCGGGCGAAUGGCUUCGGUUUCUAGCUUCCAGCACGUAUCAGCGGUGGCCCCAUUCCGGUUUCGUCAUGCACGCCUUUGGUGAGGUGCUCUGUCAGAUGAAGGCGAGCAACCUACCGGCGCGGACCGUGACGAAUGAGAUCCUUGCCUGUUAUCGUGUCAACCAGAAGGUCAUCGCGCAGCUUACGUCCCGGGACCCGAUGGAUGAAAGGGACACCGAGCCGGGCGAGGACGAGUACGAAGGGCACGAAGCCAUCGAGGCGAUGCACUUCGGGCUGCCGUCGACAGCAGCGGGCGGAUACUACGAUCCGGACGAUGGAAUGUCGGUGGAAUGA